AUGAGCCAAGAUAAGCGAAUAAAUAUUUUCAAUUAUAGAAGAAAGGAGAGAUUACGAAAAGUCAUCUUGAGUGAAAUAGGAGAAGACACUCUGUCGCCCAACCAAAUAAGUAUUUUGGAUUUUGAAAUUCAAAAUUCAGAUGAUUUAUUUGAUAAAGGGAUGACAUUUAAUGAAGCUGCGGAAGAUAUAAAAUCGAAGAUUUUGGUUCAAGUAUCAGAGAUCACAUCUGGUUUCAGCACUCCUCAAUCUAAGACUGAAUGAUUAGAGCAAGAAUAUACUCCAGUCCAUCAAGAAGAAUCAAUUAUUAACGAAAUUCCGAGUUUAAACAAUCCUUCAGAUUAUCUCAAAAUCAGAGAAAGAUUUUUUGAUGAAUUUAAAGAAAUGGAAAAUAGAUUUGAAAAUACGAAAAAAAGAAGCAUUGAAAGAACUUCGAUGCUAGAAAAAUCAAAAAUUGAUGAAGAAAAAGCAAGAGUAAUUCAAAAAGAGCUAGAAGAAUAUGAAAGGCUAAAAUCAUAUUAUAAUGAGUUUAAUAAAAAAGUUGUGAAAGAGGAUGUAAGAGAUGCAUUAGAUAAACAAAUUAGAGAAAAGCAAAUAAUGAUUGAAAAAGUAUUGAAUGAAGAAAGCAAGAUAAGAGAAAGCUUGAUUGAGUGAGAUAAGCUGGCAAAGAUGAGUGAGGAUGAAAACAAAAUAAGAAAUAGGUCAAAUCAAAGAAUUUUGUUUGAUAAAUUAGAGAAUCAAAUUAAAGAAAAAAAUAGCGGUAGAUAUUUGUAA